AAGACAACAACAGAGGUCGAACCAACAUGCAAAUUGGGAUACAGCCCAAUCAAAAAGCGAUCGGAGAGCAGCAAGAAAGUAACAAGAUGCUAUAGCUGUGGAGGUCAGCAUUUGCGACGAAACUGUAAGUUCAAAGACGAGAAAUGCUUUAAUUGUGGAAAGAUCGGGCAUAUAAGCAAAGUAUGUAGAUCGAGUACCAAACAAAUUUCAGAAGCUGAUGAUUCUGACAAUCAAGCAGCAUGGCAAUUUGAAGAGCCUACAAAUUCAGUCAAUGCAAUGAGGGCAGCAACAAGAAAAAUGAUUACAAUGAACAUUGAAGGAUUUCGACUACCAAUGGAAUUAGAUACAGGUGCCCCGUGCAGUAUUAUAAACAAGCAAUCGUUUCGAGCAAUUAAACCUUCAAUGCGUCUUCAGAAAACCGACCGCAAAUUCUCCAGCUAUACAGGGCAUAAAAUUACAUGCAUAGGACGAGCGCCCCUUAACGUAACAUAUGGAAACACCACACGGAAACUUAAUUUGUACGUGGUGGAGGGGAAUCUGGAUACACUGUGUGGACGCGAGUGGAUCACACAAUUUGCAAAGGAAAUCAACUUCGAGAAAUUAUUCGAUGAAGAUAGAACUGAGGACGCCAUUGAUCUAGAUAUGUUUACAUCCAACGGCAGCGCGAUCAAGGCAAUUAAAGUACAAGCAACUGGACUACCAGAAGACAAAAAAGGUCAGCUUCAACAAAUUCUCACUAAAUACAAUUUGGUUUUUAAUACUACAGCAGGAACAUUCAAAGGGCCAGAAGUUAAGGUACACUUGAAACCAGGGGCAAAACCGAUUUUUGCACGAGCGAGAGAUGUACCAUUUGCAUUGCGUGACGCCUACGCAAAAGAGAUCGACAAGAAAAUUUCUGCAGGAUUCUAUAAGAAGGUAGAUUAUUCCGAAUGGGCUUCAACAACACACGUAGUUACCAAAAAGACCGGGGGCAUUCGAAUAACUGGCAACUAUAAACCUACAUUAAACCCCCAAAUGAUUAUCGAUGAACAUCCUAUACCACGAGCUGAAGAUUUAUUCAACCAGAUGAAAGGAGCUACAAUAUUCGCACACUUGGAUAUUACUGAUGCAUAUUCACAUUUACGAAUUGACGACGAGUUCGCUCAUACCCUUACACUGAAUACAAUCACUCACGGGCUCAUUCGACCAACGCGCGCUGUAUAUGGUGCAGCAAACAUUCCAGCUAUUUGGCAAAGAACGAUGGAAACAGUAUUACAGGACAUCCCAAAUGUACUUAAUUUUUUCGAUGACAUAUUGAUAUACGCCGGAAAUAUGGAAGAAUUGCUAAAAACGUUAGAGAAGACUUUGGAAAAGCUGCAGAAUUUCGGAUUAAAACUAAAUAAAUCAAAAUGUAUAUUUGCGGCAUCAUCUAUAGAAUUUCUGGGCCACAAGAUCGACGCACAAGGAAUACACAAAUCAACCAAACACAUUGAGGCCAUAAUACAUGCACCCAGACCAGCAACAAUAGAGCAGUUACAGUUGUUUUUGGGAAAAGCAACAUACUAUUCGAAUUUCAUUCCAAACUUAUCGACACUAGAAAGACCGCUUCGCAACGUUUUGAAGACAGGAAAAUUCUACUGGUACUGAUGCCAUAUGAUCCGUCUCUACCUCUACUACUAGCAACAGAUGCAAGCAGCACAGGAAUAGGCGCAGUCCUAUCUCAUCGACUAACCAACGGCAAUGAACGACCAAUUGCAUAUGCGAGCCGCACGUUAAGCCAAGCAGAACUCAAAUACUCACCAAUCGACAAAGAAGCACUUGCCAUCGUAUGGGCGACCCAAAGAUUCUUCAAAUAUUUAUACGCUAGGCACUGGACAUUAAUAACGGACAAUAAACCCCUCGCACAAAUUUUGCACCCAGGUAAAUCACUUCCAACAUUGUGCAUCUCUCGAAUGGCUAAUUAUGCAGACUUCAUGAGUAAUUUUGAUUUUGAUUCAAUAACGAAAAAAUCUAAAGAAAACAGUAAUGCAGACUACCUUUCUCGACUACCAAUCAAAGCGGGCGUUAUAAAGGAAGUGGAAGACAGUUCUUCGCUUGAUGAAUUCGACAAUUUCAUGAUACGACAAAUUAAGCAACUUCCAGUGACAGCCAAGGGAAUAUCGCAAGAAACAAGGAAGGACCAACACUUAGGAAAGAUUCUGCAACUACUCGAGAAUGGUCAGUGUUUGGCCAAGAAUGGAUAUAAAAGCCCAGAAUGUAUAUACGGCCUUUCUUAUGGCUGCCUUACGUUUGAACACCGAAUUGUUAUUCCCACGAAAUUACGACAAACAAUUCUUGAUGAGUUACACAGAGCACACCUAGGUGUAGUAAAAAUGAAAGGAAUCGCUCGAUCCUUUGUGUAUUGGCCCGGAAUAGAUAAAGACAUCGAAAAUACAGGAAAAGCAUGCGAGUCCUGUGCCAAAAAUGCUAAACUACCGCCGAAAUGCUCCGACCACUACUGGGAAUACCCUAAAACCCCAUGGGAGCGCAUUCAUAUAGACUACGCGGGGCCAAUUCAUAGUAUGAUGUUAUUAAUUAUAACUGAUGCCUACUCAAAAUGGUUAGAGGUGAAGGUAACGAAAACAAUUACGGCAGGUGCAACGAUCGCCAUCUUAGACGAAUUAUUUGCAACUUACGGAGUCCCACUGAUGCUGGUUACGGAUAAUGGAACAAACUUCACGUCAAAAGAAUUUAAAAACUACCUUACAUCUGCGGGAAUCAGAUAUCACAAAUUAACGGCGCCAUAUCAUCCUGCCACAAACGGGCAAGCCGAACGAAAUGUGCAAAUAGUAAAACAGGCAUUAAAAGCAAUGAGAACAUCUUCGGACACAAUGAGAAGAGACCUGAACGAAUUCUUACAACAAUACCGAAAUGCUCCACACUGCACUACCGGAGAGCCUCCGGCAAAAUUGUUUUUGGGCAGAAAAUUGCGUACCCGACUUGAUUUAAUCCGUCCAGAAAAUGUAACAGAGAAAGUUUCCGCAAAACGGGUCAUGAACUUCAACCCUUCAUAUAGACAGUUCCAUUCGCACGAUGAAGUUUACUUUUUAUCCGGAAACCCUCGAAUGGACAAAUGGGUGCAAGGAAAAAUUACAAAGCGUCUCGGAGAUCUUCAUUAUGAAAUAUUAUACAAUGGAAAACUCUUCAAAAGACAUAUCAACCAAAUGCGAGGUUGCAUCUCACAAGGUGCAAAAGGAUUCAUCCGCGAGAGGGAGAGCAAAUUACUGGAAUACUCUUCCGAAGACAAAGACGCAGUUUCGGGAUCUUCAAGUGAUACAGUCCACCGAGAUAUUGAGAGUACCACCAAUGAAGAAGAUAAUGAUGACAUUUUCAGCACUCCAAUAACUUCGCCAUCACUGGAUCAUAGGGAUGCACUGGAGCAAACUCAACAAGCACCACAAAUGGAUUCGUCUACACCACAGGUGCAGGUGGACACAAAACCAACCCUACGACGAUCAUCCCGCAUACGACAACCAAGAAUUAUAUUUUCAUCAUCACCCUAAGAGGGGGAAGUAUUGUUAUGUAUUAAGUUAAAGGAAUCACAUUAAUGAAUAAUCGAUAGUUUUUAGUUUGCGAUAGUUAUCAUUUUGAAAAUACAUCCCUGUUUAUUACUUCUUCUUCUUUCACCAUAAAAAUGUAAUUGAGUUUCAAUAAGAAUAAAAUAUACGAUAUAACA